UUUUGGCUGCAGCCGGUUCAACAGAACAAAACAAAACAAAACAAAACAAAACAAACAAAGAAAACAAAGAAACAAACAAACAACCAGCUCGAGCUGCUCCACGAGACACCUCCACGGCGUUGCCAUGGAGGAGGUGAACCGCCUGGUGUCGACAGGAGACUGUGUGAAGAUCUGGGAUGCGGUUUCCAUGGCGCCGCUGGAGCAGUUCAACCCACAUAGCAGCAGCCACCCUGUGGUUCAGGCCUGCUGGAGCUCCAACAACCAGUACCUGGUCAGCGCCAGCAGCAGCGGAGACAAACUGGUGGUUUCCAGCCUCAAAUCCACUCCGGUCCCAGUGGUGGAACUGGGCGAGGGGAAAAAGCAAACCAGAGUGUGUCUGAGUUCCUCGUCUCAGUUUCUGGUCAGCGGAGGUCUGGAUCACGGCGUUCACAUCUGGGACCUGAAGACCAAGAGACUUCACCGCUCCCUGAAGGACCACAAAGAGGAGGUGACCUGCGUGUCCUUUAAUGCCAACGACAGCUACGUGGCCUCCGGUUCCACCAGCGGAGACCUGGUCCUCCACAGUCUGACCACCAACCUGUCCAGCAAAGCCUUCGGACACGGCAGCAACCAGCCGAUCCACGACCUGAGGAUGUCCACACUGAAGCGCUCGUUGCUGGGCAGCGUCUCUGACAGCGGCUCCGUGGUCCUCUGGGACUCCAACACCCAGAAGGAGCUCCACGUGUUCGACGGCGCCCACAAGGCCCCCGGCUCCGGCCUCGCCUUCUCCCCCGCCAGCGAGCUGCUGGUGGUCAGCGUCGGCCUGGACAAGAAGAUCGUCUGCUACGACACGGCCAGCAAGAUCAUCCUGAGGUCGAUCCGGGUGGACAGUCCUCUGACCUCGGUGGACUUCACGCCGGACGGCACCGGUCUGGUGGUCGGAUCCACUCAGGGGAAGAUCUACCAGUACGACCUGAGGAACUCCAGCGCCCCCACCAGGGUCACUGCGGCACACAAAACCUCCGUCACCUGCCUGCGCUUCCAGAGCAACAGCAGCAAACUCAAGUCCAGUAAACUGGGCUCCACCAAGAUUGUCAAGAGAUCCUCAUUCAAGCGUUCAAACAGCCAGACAGACCCCGCCCCCGGCACAGGCCACACCCCCCUCAGACAGGUGACAGGUACAGCAGGGGGCGCUGGUCCAGAGCUGAUGUCCCGGGAGGCUGAAGGCCAGCAGGGGAUGGAGCCGCUUCCUGCGGUGGAGAAGUUCAGCAGCGUCGGACGGAACAGUCUGGACGUCUUCUCUCCGGCUCGAGAAGACUCUCGGUCCCAGGGGACGGCCGGAGACACGCCGUUUGGGAGGACACACGUUACCAGUUUGGAGAUGCUGUCCAGAGAAGGGGAGGGUCAGCAGGUCAUCGGUCGGGCCAGUCUGGACAUCUUCUCCCCAGUCAGAGAAGAUACCGGCUCCCUCCGUAAGACCCCUCUGGGAACGCCGCUGGUCGCCUCUUCAGGCCGAUGUUACAGCCCGCUGUCCGUCUUCCAGACUCCUCCCCCGAUCAGAGAGGAGGAGCCAAUCCCUGAUGAAGCAGCCGAACCAUGUGACUCCAGAAAGUCUGACAAGGCCAGCAGCUCCAGUCUGGAGGGGGAGGGACAGGCCACACCCACAGCACCUCAGCCGACCAAUCACAGCCAGCCGGCCCCGCCCUUCUUUACCCCGGAGGCCGGCCUCAGGAGAGCCAAUGGGAUUCAAGCUCAGCUGAACUACGAGUCUCCGGUCCAGGGAGCUGCAGCCAGAACCACAGCAGGUCCAGCUCUGUCGACGGCUGUGUCCUCGUCUCUCUCCCAGAACAUCGCUGACGUGGUGGGUCAGGCGGGAGCUGCUCCUCUCACGUCCCUGCAGAUCCACUUCAUCCAGAACAUGAUCCACGAGACUCUGGAGGACUUCAGGGACGCCUGUCACAGAGACGUCGUCAACCUGCAGGUCGAGAUGGUCCGACAGUUUUACAUCCAGCUGAACGAGAUCCACGGUCUGAUUGAGAAGUACUCUGUGAACGAGUCUCUGGUGGAGGAGGUGGAGCGGCUGAGGGAGGAGAACCGCCGGCUCAAGACCAACUACUGAGCCUCUGAUCCAGACUGAGUCCUGCUCUGUCACAGAGUUCUGGGAUGUGGAUUGGAUCUAUGUGGAGCAGAUGUCCUCCAAAGAGAAGCACACUGACUCUAACUUUCAUCAGUGCUCUUCUUCACACCAGCUGCCUCCUGGAGCUUCAGACCUGUGAUGAAGUUGAUGUGUUUUGUAGUUGAAGAACCAAGAGAUGGUGCGUUCAAAUGUCCAGCUGAGUCUGUCAGACAUUUAAAAACAUCUUUUGGUUUUGGUUUUACAUUUGACCCUCCAGCCUGAAGAUGAUAUAACACAUUAGUUUACACCUUCCGAUGGAUAUUCUCUAUGUGCCUGAAUCAUGUUUUAUUAAUAAGAAACAUUUUGUCUAAAGAAUAAAAAAUAUUC